AUGCCUACCUACUUCGCGCGUGGCGUCUCGGUGCGCCUGGGCGCGAUUCCGCUCGGUGAUACGACUACAGCAAAGAUCAUACUGAGAAAGGGGGAGGCAGCCAAGCAGCAGUCUGCAUUAGCUGAAAAGAGGCUGUUGGGGAGCAAGUUGUUGAAGGAAGAGCAGGUGCCUUUCCCCGGUGAUGAGGCUGCCUUCCAGCUCAACUGGCUCGCACAAGCGCCUUUCAUGCAAACCCGGGUCGGGAGUGACAUAUACGAAGAGGAAGAACCUGGGGACGCACAGUAUGUCUCGCAGCGCACACUGAAAGCACUUACCCUCCACGUCCACCUCUCCGACCAGACUUAUGUCUCCGGCCUCUACAACCAGAGAACAUCGCUCAAGAUCGAAGUCUUCUUCAAUGGAACGCUCGCCGCAUGUUUGGCCAUGCCCAACUACGACGGCAAAUCUGGCUCGAAAGACCAUCACCAGGUCUUCGCGGGCACUAGAGUCGACUUUCUCGCUGAGCGGCCAUGGAUCAUCCUACCACCCGGAGUCGCCGCAGAUGGCAGUACUGCGAAGAACAACACACCACCUUCGGUAGAACAGCGAUGGCAACACAUUGGUCAGGCGCUCCAAGCUGAAGCACGCGAGCGGGGUACCGACGAACAAGGCAACAUUCCUCCCACUGCCGAGUUCCUCAACGCGCUUGCGACAACGCAGAUGCCGGAGCAAGUACACACUAUGCAAAGGCCAGGUGGAAAGACGUUCGGAGUCAUUGACGUGGUCAUCACAUCUGGAGAGGGUAGGAAGCUCACUAGUGGCGUGGGCUAUCUGAAGGCACCGAAGCGCAUGAUCGACGAGAGUUACCCGUUCGUCCUUAGAGCCGACGGCAGGACUAUGCAACUACGUGUCGAUGCUCCUAGUAAGAGCGAGAGUGACGCUGAACCUCAAGAUACCAUCGACGUCGAUGCAGAAGGCGACAGCGAUCCAGAGACUCAGACACGCACCCUCAAGGCAUAG